AUGGUGCAACGGAACUACGUCAUCGCGAUCAUCGUGAUCGUGCUCUUCGUCCUACUAGCCUUGGUGGGCUAUGCCAUCUACGCCAUCCAGAACAGAGUCUCGCUCUUCGCGAAGCGGGAGAAGGAGCUCGACGAGGAAGAAGACACUCUUGGCCGAGCCAUCGAAUUGCCUCCCCCACCGCUGGCGGUGCCGAGCGCCGUGGCGGUCGAUGUGCCGGCCCCACGAGCCACCAGUCCCGUCUUCCCCGUGGCGUACUCGUACCUGCAGGAGGAGUGGGAAGGCGCCGGUUCGCGACGGAGCGUGAGCGGCCGGCUCCACUGGGAGGAUGGGCGAGAUACCUGGUUCUGA